UGCUCAAUAACUUGUUCACACUAAAUGGCCUGCAGUGUAAAUAAUGUUUCGAUAUUAUUUGACAGUAAUUGUUAAUAAUUUUUGUAACGUCUACGAUAAUGGAGCAGUUACCAUCGAUAAACUUCAAUCAUGCCCAAAGAGUAAAGUAAAUAAACCACAAGAUCAUGCCCUUUUGACACUGACAGUUUCACAUGUUUUAUUUUGUUUUUUUGGAAUACGGCAAAAUAUAUUUUUAUAAAUUGAUUUUAACCAAUUACAAUUGAAACUUAUUUAUUGUUUGUACAUGUGCUUAGUAUCUUAGUCUAGUGUAUACGCAAAAAUGAAUCUUUCAGAUCCAUCUGGUGAUGACGAUUCAAGUAUGGAUGAACCCAGUUCAAAACGAAAAUACUCUGUGGAUGAAACUGUAAUACCAACAAAACGUAGGCGAGCAGAUACAUAUGGUACUUCGUCUACAACUUCACAUGGAUCAGUUUUGCAAGAAUCUGAUGAUGAACCGUCAGGAACUACAAAGUAUUUAUCACGGGAGCAAUCCAUUAAUCAGUUUAAUUCGUCUGAAGCUAGCGCAGAUGAUAAUAUUAGAGGUAGUCGUAGUAGUCUCAGUGAAAAUGAAUCUUCACCCAAUGACAGAUAUGAUGAUUACCGGCCAGUUUUAGAGAACAAUGAUACAGACAAUGGGGAGUCAUCGAUGAGACCAAAUUUUCAGGAAAUAACUGACUUAAACUCUUCUUACAAGAAUCAAUCCAAUAAUAUUGAUGAUUCUUAUGGAAAAAAUUAUUCAGAUAAAUCAAAACGAAUGAUGAGUAACAUGGGUUUCAAGCCAGGAAGAGGUCUAGGUAAACGUGAAGAUGGUCGAGUAGAACCUGUAGAAGCUUCAACUCAAAAGGGUAGACGAGGCUUAGGUUUAAAACCAUCUGUUGUUGGUAAUCUGCCACAGAGCUUUAUGUGGAAUGCUGAUGAUGCAAAACCAGAAGCAGAAGAAAAACCUACAUGGAUAUCGCCUGCUCAGAAUGAUACAUUACAUACUGAUCAAUUACAGAAAUGGUUAAAAAAAGGGGCUAAAAAACUGAACAUUGAUGAUGAAACGAAUUUUGUAGAUGCCAAUGUACUGAAAGGUAUUUUAGAAUCAAAGACAAUUUUCGAUAGUUUAGAUGACGAAGAUUUACGACAUGCAAGAUUUCGAAGCAAUCCGUACGAAACAAUUGGUUCAGUAAUGUUUUUAAAUCGCGCUGCCGUUAAAAUGGCCAAUAUGGAUGCUGUAUUUGGUUUUAUGUUCACGGAGCAUGAAAAGUUAAACCAGAAUACGGAAAAAAAACCAGACCAAAAUUUAGUAAAAGAAAUUUUGUACUUUGCUGACGUAUGUGCAGGUCCUGGUGGCUUUUCUGAGUAUGUUCUAUAUCGGAAAGGGUGGACAGCUAAAGGUUUCGGAUUUACCUUAAAAGGCAGGAAUGAUUUCAAACUUUCUGAUUUUUAUGCUGGUACACCUGAAACUUUUCAUCCUUAUUAUGGAAUCAAAGGAGACGGCGAUAUAUUUGAUCCAGCAAAUCUUACAUCUUUAAAGGACCAUGUAAUGAGCCAAACUAACCAGACAGGUGUGCAUUUCCUCAUGGCAGAUGGAGGAUUUUCAGUGGAAGGUCAGGAGAACAUUCAGGAAAUAUUGUCAAAGCAACUGUAUUUGUGUCAAUGCCUUGUUGCCUUGAUGAUUGUGAGACCAGGCGGCCACUUUGUGGUGAAGCUGUUCGAUGUUUUUACCUUAUUCAGCGUUGGGUUGAUUUAUAUCAUGUAUAAAUGCUUUGACCAAGUAAGCAUUCACAAACCGGUGACCUCGAGACCAGCAAACUCCGAAAGGUAUCUUAUAUGCAAGUCAAAGAAAGAUCGAACGGAUUCUGCUGAGAAACACCUUUUCCGUGCCAACAAGAUUUUGUGUGACGAUGACAAUGAUGUUAUCGAACUUGUACCACUGAAUAUUAUAGAAGAAGAUGUAGACUUCUAUAGCUACAUUUAUAAUAGCAACUGUUCAUUGGGUGCAAAGCAAAUAACAAAUUUAUUGAAAAUUGCAGAAUUCAGUAAGAACAGAAGUUUAAAAGAGCAAAGUCAAGCGCAAAUGAGAGAUAAGUGUCUUAAAUUAUGGAGAUUACCAGACGAGGUGAGGACGCAACCAAAACGUCUUAGUCCUGGUGACACGUUGUCGUCUAUUUUAACAAUUAUAACAAAUUUUCAAGGGAAAAUUAAAACGUCUAUACCUCAUGCACAUGAUCCUCAAGCUUUUAAAACACAUAUAUUGAACAAACCGCCGGAAUACCUAAAUAGUGUAGAUAAUUUAAAUGUUUUCAAACAUGUUUACGAUUGGCAUUUCAUGUUUUUAAGUAGCGGAAAAGAUUCCCGUUCCACUUUGAGUAUAUUCAUAGGUUGUGGUGGAAAACAAGUGUUCCAGUUAGAAGACAAUGGCUGGAAAAAUGUUUCAAAUUUACAGCUUACAUUACCUGCAAAGACACUUAUCUAUGGAGAGAUUGUGAAAGAAUAUAAAGGUGAAGGGAGUAUUCAAAUUCACACUAAAGCCCUGCAUAUUAUAGAUGCUAUGAUACUGGGCGGAAGGGAUAUAUCGCGUCUACAUCUGACUGAAAGAAUUAAUCAGUGUGAUUUAUUUUGCACGGCGCUGAGCAAUCCCACUGAUACCCAAGCCUUACCAAUUAGAUGUAAAAAGUUAUACAAUAUGGAAGAAUUUUCGUCAGUGGUAGAGAAUGUAAAGUAUCGUGCAAUGAAGAGAGUUAAGCAAGCUGUUACUGUAGAUUUACCGGACGGAAUUGAUACCGAUGAAAAGUUUUACCAAGUCGAAUCUAUUUUAUUUAUGAAGCAGAUAAAAGAACCGUGGAUUGCGCAGAUGUCGAAAAAAACGGGCCAUAAAUAUUACUUCGCCCUCGGAAAGGAUAAUAAGCCGCUAAGUGAAUACUUUAUUCCGACCGAAGCUAAGUUAGACAUGAUUAGUGCAUAUACAAAUAGAAUAAUGUGGCCGUGGGAGCCGGCUGCGGCUACCGCAAUCUUGAAUGGCACUCUUCGAAAUGGUGUGUCGAAAAAAGACAUGCUAGACUAUAUUAAAAACAAUGUAGGUAAUUAAAAUAUAAUAUAGUGUUUAUGUUAUAAAAUAUUGUUACUGUUAUAAUAGGCCUAAGCAUAUGAAUAAUAAUAUUAUACAAAUGUAAUUGGAGUUCGAAAGUGGCACCAGACAAAAUGUAAUGCGGCAG